GCUGGUCAGGCUCCGCGGCGCAGCUCAAAAAUGAAUAAUCGCCCCCGAUUGACUUAAAUUCCACCGAAGCCGGCGCCGCGGCCGCCCGCCGCUCGGGAUCUGCUUGCUGUGUUUUUGCUUUCUCCAUUCUUCCUUAAAAAAAAAAAAAUAGCAAAACAAAACCAGCCAGCCAACCAAGAAUCCGGUUUGUUGAUCGCCUUAUUUUUUCCCCCCACCGUUUGCGGGAUUUGCAAACCGAAUUACAUGCAUGUCCAGUGGGGGUAGGUUUAAUUUUGACGAUGGAGGGUCCUACUGUGGAGGCUGGGAGGACGGCAAGGCGCACGGCCAUGGCGUCUGCACCGGCCCCAAGGGCCAGGGCGAAUACACCGGCUCGUGGAGCCACGGCUUCGAGGUGCUGGGCGUCUACACCUGGCCCAGCGGCAACACGUACCAGGGCACUUGGGCGCAGGGCAAGCGCCACGGCAUCGGCCUGGAGAGCAAGGGGAAGUGGGUGUACAAGGGCGAGUGGACGCACGGAUUUAAGGGGCGCUACGGGGUGCGGGAGUGCACGGGCAACGGGGCCAAGUACGAAGGGACCUGGAGCAACGGGCUGCAGGACGGCUACGGCACCGAGACCUACUCAGAUGGAGGGACCUACCAGGGCCAGUGGGUCGGUGGCAUGCGCCAAGGCUAUGGUGUGCGGCAGAGUGUCCCCUACGGCAUGGCGGCCGUCAUCCGCUCGCCCCUGAGGACGUCCAUCAACUCUCUGCGCAGUGAGCACACCAAUGGCGCGGCGCUGCACCCGGACGCCUCCCCAGCGGUGGCCGGCUCCNCGGCCGUGUCCCGAGGGGGCUUCGUGCUCGUGGCCCACAGCGACUCUGAGAUCCUCAAGAGCAAGAAGAAGGGGCUGUUCCGGCGCUCGCUGCUGAGCGGGCUGAAGCUGCGCAAGUCCGAGUCCAAGAGCAGCCUGGCCAGCCAGCGCAGCAAGCAGAGCUCGUUCCGCAGCGAGGCGGGCAUGAGCACCGUCAGCUCCACGGCCAGCGACAUCCACUCCACCAUCAGCCUGGGCGAGGGCGAGGCCGAGCUGUCCGUCAUCGAGGACGACAUCGACGCCACCACCACCGAGACCUACGUGGGCGAAUGGAAGAAUGACAAGCGGGCAGGCUUCGGCGUGAGCCAGCGCUCUGACGGGCUCAAGUACGAGGGCGAGUGGGCCAGCAACCGGCGGCACGGCUACGGCUGCAUGACCUUCCCCGACGGCACCAAAGAGGAGGGCAAGUACAAGCAGAACAUCCUCGUGAGCGGCAAGCGCAAGAACCUCAUCCCGCUGCGUGCCAGCAAGAUCCGGGAGAAGGUGGACCGGGCUGUGGAAGCGGCUGAGCGGGCUGCCACCAUUGCCAAGCAGAAGGCGGAGAUUGCAGCCUCCAGGACCUCCCACUCCCGGGCCAAGGCCGAAGCAGCCCUCACUGCGGCUCAGAAGGCCCAGGAGGAAGCACGGAUCGCCAGGAUCACUGCCAAAGAGUUCUCACCUUCCUUCCAGCACAGGGAAAACGGGCUCGAGUACCAGCGGCCGAAGCGGCAGGCUUCCAGCGACGACAUCGAGGUGAUCUCUAUGGGGACGCCCAUGCAGCAGGAGAGCCCGGAGCUGUACCGCAAGGGCACCACCCCCUCGGACCUGACCCCCGAUGACAGCCCCCUGCAGAGCUUCCCUGCCAGCCCCUCGGCCACCCCCCCACCAGCCCCUGCCUCCAGGAACAAGGUCGCCCACUUCUCGCGACAGGUGUCGGUGGACGAGGAGCGGGGCGGGGACAUCCAGAUGCUCCUGGAGGGCAGAGGAGGGGACUACGGCCGCCACAGCUGGGGCGAGGAGAAGGCCGGGGCCUCCAGAGGGGUCCGCAGCGGAACCCUCCGCAGUGGCCAGCCCGCGGAGGACUUUCGCACCCGGGGCUCGGGCCACAAGCAGCCCGGGAACCCCAAGCCCCGGGAGCGGCGGACGGAGUCGCCCCCUGCCUUCUGGACUUCCCACCCUCGGGCCAGCAACCCCAGCUCAGGGGGCGCCAAGCUGCUGGAGCUGGACGAGGAAAAGCUGAGCAACUAUGAGAUGGAAAUGAAGCCCCUGCUGAGGGUGGACUCCCACGGGCAGGAGGCCUACCCCCAGAAGAGACGCUACAGUAGGGGGGCUGCCUGCCGGGGCCUGGGCGAGGACCGGGGCUUUGGGGCGCAGAGACUGAGAUCCAAGUCCCAGAACAAGGAGAACACCCGGCUGCUGCGCUGGGACCUGACCUUCUCCCCGCCCCAGAAGUCCUCGCCCGUGGCCCGGGAGUCCGACGAGGAGAACGGGGACGAGCUCAAGUCCAGCACGGGCUCAGCUCCCAUCCUGGUAGCCAUGGUGAUCUUGCUAAACAUCGGAGUCGCCAUUUUGUUUAUUAACUUUUUCAUCUGAUGAAAUUGUCACAUUAGCAAAAAUACCAGUUGGUGUACAAAAGGGGGACGUUAAAAGCAAAACAACAAAAAGGAAAGGAUCAUAACUCGGACAGCCCACAGCUACUUCCGAGUUUCUUCACAGAACAACACGAUUGGGUAUUACUCACAGUUUGCCUUUUUUUCUGGGUAAUGUUUUUUGGAUUUUAGCCAAAAUUCUUUGCUUGUAUAACACUAUGCUGUGUGGCAUGGCAGAAGGAGGCCAGCACGCCGAUCCUCCAGCUUGAAGUGGAAAGAAAAGGGAUCCCAGCAAAUCAGUGGCAAAAACAAUAAAAUCGUCACCAUCGUCAUCACACUCCCUUCAGGGACGUGGGAAAGGAGGCAGCUGAGGAGGACCCCUGAGUGUCCAGCUGUGGCCGGGGGGAGCAGCGGCCGGGAGGUGUGACGCGGGGAGUCAGCUCACUCUGCUUCUCCUCCCUGUCCUGGAAUCGGGGAGUCAGUGUGGGCGAGGCGCGGGGAAGAGGGUGUCCCAUCCUGGCUGGCAGCAGCCUGGGCUUUUUCUGUUUUAAAUCUGUGCUGCAGAGUUAAGGAAGCAGAGGUCUGUCCUCUCUUCUCUUCCCAAAAAAACAGACCCCUGGUCUCGGCACUGCCCCACGGCUUUCCUUGCAAGGCCAGGUCCCACCCGAGUCUCACAGCGACGUCCUCAUUUCCCUGCUGUCCCUCUCUCUUCCCCAUCCUCCCACCAGACCCAGGGCAGCCAGGCUGCAGAUGUCCGGAGCCUGCAGAGGCGCGGGGCUGGUGCCAGAGGGCAGGGAGCAGUGCGGCCCCUGGGCCAUCACGCCUGGGCUGCAGCACGGCCUUCCAGUACUUACUGUGCAGGACAGGUAUCCAGGCUCCCACGUCCCUGUCAGACGUCCGCAGCCCUUUCAUGACACCAUCUUCUCCCACGUCACUGAGCCCACGAGUUUCAUUUUGUCCUGUGCCUGCAACUUCCCCCACAGACAUGCCUCUUCUUCCCAGAUGCCUCAUUAAUUCUCCAGAGCUGGUCUAGUCCCAGGACAGAAUGUGGUUGAAAUCAAGUGGCUUAAAAAUUCCUGAGAAAUCGUUGCAUAUCCAUCUCCCCCCAUAUAUGUAACACAACUUUCAGUCACACACCAACAGAUUCCUGGUGUUUCUGCUUUCUCCACCAGUGUUGCUCUGUCAUCCAAACAAAAGAACAAGGCUCCAGAAUGUUUGAGUGCUCUAUGGUCCUAGCUCGAGCCAGCCCGGCCAGCGGUAUGGACGUGUCUGUGGGGCCACGGGCACGUCCAUACCCAGGUCCCCUGUGCUCACACCUGGGAAGGUCCUUAAGGUGAGCCCCACAGUCGUCCUGGGUACAGCCCGCCUAUGACUCUGCCUUGCUUUGCUUAUGUUUAGCUGUUUCUCUGCUACCUUUCAAGCAGAUUUCUUUACUACACUGCACUGGAUUGCUAUAUUUUUAACCAGAAAUAAACUAAAGAUUAGAGCAUGUUCCAGUUAAAUUCAGUUUUAUUUUUUUUCUGUUAUACAUUCAAUCCCCGUUCCUUCUCACAUUUUGGUUUAGGUUGGGGUCUUUUUUGGGGAGUGGAGACAUGGGAAAGGGAGGGAGGAUCCGUAGGAAAUACAUUUCUGAUAAUGUUGCUUUCUAAAGGGAUAUCACAUCUUUUUGUACAUCUUUUUUCCGUUCCUCUUUUUUAAUAUCAAGUGGUUGCUGCAGACCUGAAGUGAACCAAAUAAAGAUGCCUGCUCCUUGCAGCCCUAAGAAUCAUCAUGCUGGGAUAUGUGGUUUAUAAUUCUUUGCAACUCUCUGUCAAGAUUACAGACUUUUUUUGUACAUUCCAAUAACUGCAUGACAAAAAUGGUACCUACAAAUGCAGGUUUAUAUAUUUACAUGCAAACACCAUGAGAUUGUUAGAUGCAUAAAAGCAGCAGCACAGAAGCACACCUCAUUCAACAGAAGCAGUAGUGGUUUCAUGACUAGAUGUCUCCAUCACUAGUCCAGCUGCCAAUCACACACUUGUGAAAACCAAAUCAACACCCCCCCCCCCCCCCCCCCCCGCACUCCGUACCUACAGAGGGCAGAGCCAUUUCCCUGCACUCCUGGUGAAUUCCAAGUAGAUUCCACCAAGACCAAAACAUGGUCGGAGAGACCAGAAAGCUCUUUAAUUGUUCCAGUGUGAUUAAAGACCAGGCUGCCUCGCAGCAUCCCUGCAGAUUGGCCGAAUGCUUUCGCUCAGCCCAGCUUGCUUUUCCUACCUGCCCAGAGCCUCAGGUUUGUCCGAUGGGUGCACCAGUCACCUAACUCCAGGCCAAGUCCGCUGACCUGCUUCUCUCAUGCACGUUCCUCGUGGAUGUGUGUGUGCUGAAUUCAACAAGGACACGUGGGACUGGGGAAAAUAGACGUGUGUCAUGGCUGCCCCCACUGGUGCAGAGCACUGACAAGUUUUAAUUAAUUCCAGAGCAACCUUGUGAGAGUCAGUUCUCCCGACAUGCUCUGGAUGUGGAAACCUGGGGCAGAGAAAUUGAGAUACCUGAGAUACUAGGCUGGGCCAUGGGAGAAGGGGUCGCCACCCCAUGCCCACCUCUCCUCACCCACCCCAGGCUGGAGCCUGCACUCGCACCUCACCCUAAUGAGCUGGAACGGACGUUACCCUGUAAAGUCACCAGGUAACAGGUCUGUGCUGAUGGUUCACUGGUUCCACUUACCACAAAGUAAGGAGCCUCGUGUACCGGAUUUACUUGUGCUUUUAAGUCUGCUUCGUGUCUGCACAAUGCCUGGGUGAUUUCAGGCCCCUGAAAAGUCCUAUUCGUCCAUCCUUUUGAUUCUUAGGUUUGUAAUCAUUAGCACACAGAUUCCCAAAGACAGAGAUGAGGUAUGCAGUACAUAAGCCAAAAUAACUGACAAGGAAGACGAUGCUAAUAUAGAAAAAAAAUCAGUGCAUCCACAAAAAUGCAAAGCCCGUUGCCUAAAUCAUUCGAGGGAGGAGAGUCAUGAAAAUGCAAGGAAUGACUCACUUUCCUAGGAAGUCCAUGACAUCUAACGACCAAUACACUCCGGUCUUGUUGAGACGCCAUGGUGUGUGGUGUGAAUAAACACACUCGUGGUAGGAUGACAGGCUCUUUCCGACAUGCACUAAGCCCAAGA